AUGACGAUCGAGCAAAGCCAGAAUAUUCUAAUGAAGAGGCCAAGCAUUUAUAUCUGCAAAAAUGAUUCAGUGGUCAGAGUAAAUGACGUCUGGCGCUCUCACAUUCCCUACAUUAAUAUUGGUUCGAACAUUCUAAAAACAAUGCAACUCUCAGAGGAUUUAACUGGUGAUUACAAACAAGUGUUGGCUGGAUUAGGUAUCACUUUAGCAGUUACGGUUGUAUACUGCAUUGUUCUUGGACUUUUAUAUGGAAGAGACUGCAUUUAUAUGAUGCAUAAAAGAAGAAUGGAAAAGAAAAACAAGCUAAAAAAUCAUAAGAAAAAGUUUGUAAAUGGCCCGAGUGACGCUGGAUUAUAUAAUCAUGAAGAUUUAUCUGAUGUAACACAACUAGCAAUCACCAACGAAUCGACGAGUGAAAAUUCCGUCUCGGCAGCAACAGAACAGUUGAGCGAAGGAAAAAGUGAAACCAGCGGAUAUUCAGGAUCAAACCUAUCUUCAAUGGAGUAA